AUGCUAUACAUGCUCCAGAUCCUCCUUGCCGCCACGUUUACCGCACUAUCAGCAUACCAGGAUUCCAGCCGCGUGAUUUUGACUGUUUUGGGCGCACUGAACACCGUGCUAGCCGGUUCCUUGGCAUGGCAAAAGGGUCAAGGUGUUCCACAACGUUACCGUAAAGCGCAAGACCAGUAUCAAGCCCUGAUCAUUGAGAUUGAGACGGCAGAGCGAUCUUUCUUUGGCGUGGCAGGCAGUCCAGGCAGUGGCGGCAGCAAUCUUGACCCACGAGCCGAGGACGAAAGACUGCAAAAGCUCUUUGACACCGCUCGUGCAGACCAGCAGGCCAAUCAUCCAGAUCUGUAUGUGAGCACUGGCCAAAUCAGCGCGAAAGAGACGAAAGAUUCGGCGAAGGCGACAGAGGAGACUGCCAAUUUGCAAGGCGAGCUAAUAAACAAAUUUGAGACCUUUACGCAGACCGUGGAGCAUAAGCUCGAUGCUCUUGCUGCCGGCCUGGUAACAAAAAAUAUACUUAAGUAG